GGGGCGAGAAGCCUGCCUGAGUUCAACGCGUGGGAGACGUGACAGCAGAAAAGCAGUCUUAUCCUGGAAAGGUCGAUCUAGGCCGCCCAGUCUGAAGUGGGGUGGGGUGCGGAUGCACCUUCGGAUGCUACGAUCCGCCAGCCCUUCCAGGCCGAGGUCUCUCGCACCUCGUGGGAAUUUGGGGUCUGGGGAAUUGGGUUGGGAGAGAAGCGGAGCCUCCUUGGCAGAGGACGUAGGGGAAAGGGAUCCCUUAAAAGAGAUGCCGGGGCUGCCGGUCCCUUUAAGAGGCCGGGCUGGCUCUGCGGCGGCUUCAGCUAACCGCGUGCCUGGUGCAGCUCUGCGGUCCGUGUCCCCCGGCAAAGAAUCCAAGCUGGGCGGGGCGGCAGGACCCGGCACAGGAGAGGGCGUGGUCCAGCGGGACCUGGGCGGAGCCAGAACUGCACGCCCCGGAUCGUCCUAACAGAGAAAGCAGAGGCGCCCGGUAGUGGGCGGAGCCACGAGGCCGUGGGAAGGGCCUGCAGCUGCAGGUCUUGGGGGCGGGGCCUCAGGUUCAGGAUGCGUCGCAGAGGGUGGUGGGCGGGGCAACAGCGGGGGCGGGGCCUGUGUCUGCAGUGGGCGGGGCCCGCCGCAGAGGGGCAGUGCCAGCCAAGAGUCCUCUACGAGCGGCUGCCGCGGCGCCUCCACAGCGUCUCUGACAGCCCCGGCGCCGGUACCCGCAACCCUCGCUACCUCGCGCAGCCGCCGAGGCCUCCAUCGCAGCCCGAGUCCCAUUUUUUGCCUCGGCGCCCACAUCCGGGGCCGGUCCGCCUCUCAGUCGCUGCGGAGGCCGCAUCUGGCGCGCAUCUGGAACCGCCUGGCCGGCCACGCUGGAACCCGCGCCCAACCUGGCCCGGCCGCGCCGGGAGCCCUGCCCGGAGCUGGAGCCUUCCCUAGAGCCGCGGGCCCGGGGCCCUGAGCUGCGCAGCCGGCGCAUGGUGAACUCGCUGCUGUUCGGAGAGAUGGCCUUGGCCUUCGGCUGCCCUCCGGGUGGCGGCGGUGGGGGCUGCCCAGGCGGGGGCGGCGGUGGGGUCGGGCCAGGGCCAUCGCCGGUGACCGCGGCGCUGCGGGACGACCUGGGCUCCAACAUCCACCUCCUGAAGGGGCUCAACGUGCGCUUCCGCUGCUUCCUGGCCAAGGUGCACGAGCUGGAGCGGCGCAACCGACUCCUGGAAAAGCAGUUGGAGCAGCAGCAGAGCGAGCGCGAGCGGCGGCUGCGCUACAAGACCUUCUCCCGUGAGCAGGCCGUGCAGACCGGGCCUGAGCUGUUGCGGCCACUCGCGCCGGGCAGCGGACACGGCAUCGGCAGCGGCGCGGCGGCCGGCGCCAACGCCAACGCCGUGGCCCUGGGCGGCCUGCCCCCCGGCGGCGGCUCGCACCCGCAGCACUACGGCCGCUUGCCCGGGACCAUCUGGAGCUACACGCAGGUGCGGCGCACCGGCGGCGGCGGCGUGGAGACCGUGCAGGGCCCCGGCGUGUCAUGGGUGCACCCCGAUGGCGUGGGCGUGCAGAUCGACACCAUCACGCCAGAGAUUCGCGCGCUCUACAACGUGCUAGCCAAGGUGAAGCGCGAGCGCGACGAGUACAAGCGGAGAUGGGAGGAGGAGCUUGCCAAGCGCAUGAACCUGCAGACCGUGGUGGACACGCUACAGGAGGCGGCACAGGAGGCUGAAGCCAUCCAGGAGGAGAUGAAUGAGAAGAUCGAGCGGCUCAAGGCCGAGCUGGUGGUGUUUAAGGGGCUCAUGAGUGAUCCCAUGACAGACCUGGACACAAAGAUCCAAGAAAAGGCCAUGAAGGUGGACAUGGACAUCUGCCGCCGAAUCGAUAUCACGGCCAAGCUGUGCGAUGUCGCACAGCAGCGGAACUCGGAAGACGUGUCCAAGAUCUUCCAGGUGGUUCCCAAAAAGAAAGAGCGUAAGGUGGCUUCGGACGAUGACAUCUCUGAGCAGGACGGGGAGGUGAACCGGUUCUCAGAUGACGAGGUCGGUUCCAUGAACAUCACCGACGAGAUGAAACGCAUGUUUAACCAGCUACGGGAGACUUUUGACUUUGAUGAUGAUUGUGACAGCCUGACGUGGGAGGAGAAUGAAGACACGCUGCUGCUCUGGGAGGACUUCACCAACUGCAAUCCAUCCAUUGACCUUCAGGGCGAGCAAGAGGAAAACUUGGGCAACCUGAUCCAUGAGACAGAAUCCUUCUUCAAGACAAGAGACAAAGAGUACCAGGAAACGAUAGGCCAGAUCGAGCUGGAGCUGGCCACAGCCAAGAGUGACAUGAACCGACAUUUGCAUGAGUACAUGGAGAUGUGCAGCAUGAAGCGUGGCCUGGACGUACAGAUGGAGACCUGCCGCCGGCUCAUCAAAGGCUCUGCAGACAGGAAUUCACCGUCCCCCAGCUCUGUGGCCAGCAGUGACUCAGGAAGUACAGAUGAGACCCAGGAUGAGUUUGAACGGGAGGCAGAUGUGGAACCCAUGGUCAGCUGAUGACUGAGGCCCCCAUGCCUGGUGGUCUUGGUGGUGGGGCCUCUGCACCCCUCUCCCCCUGGGGCCAGGAAGGCUCCUCGGAGUGGAGCUCCAGCCUCACUACACCAACUUCCUCUGCCCUCCCUUCUCUGGAGGCUCCAAGGGACCGCUGCUUCCUUCCACCCACCACCGACCAGUGCCCCUUCUCCAUCCACCCACCCAAGGAAUGGUGCUCUCAAUUUCUAUUGUUCUCCACAUUACAAAUGCAGACUUCUGUCCGGAUGAUGCAGUGUUAACUGUGCCUUUUCCCUUAAGCUGAGCCACUUUGAGCUCCAAAGAAUUAUUCCUAGCAGGUGUUUUUAUACAAAACUCUUAAGGUGAGGGUGGGGCCCUGGGCAUGGUUUAAUGUGGUUUUUUUCUACCCUCCCACCUGCUCCUCUGAUUGGCCAUAAGUUAUGCCCUCCCCUCCUCUGCCAGCCAAUGAUGACCGAGUCUGGCUUAGGGUGGUCCCCCUUCGCCCGGGAUGGCCUGUUUGCUUCUGCAACCUUCCCAGACCUGGGUGAGGACCUCCCAGGCGUUUUUUUGCUUACCUAAAAAGAAAAGGUGGAAGCGGGGAGGGAAGACAAAUUUGUAUUUUUUUGGAUCCAGUGGCAAAGCAGAGGGACAAGGCACUGUGAGGGAAGGCGGAGCCUCACUGUGUUUAAACUACUAUGCAAAAAACAAAACAAACAAA